AUCACAAAAUGGCGGAAAAAAUUCACUGUGAAUUUGAACAAGUAAACACAAAUGUAUUUAUGGGUCGUUAUACAUAAUACAAGCUAAUUAUGCUUCAAGUCAGUAGCUGCAGGGGAAGAAUUCCAUAACAACUGAAAUAGAUAUUGUGGCUAUUGAUAAAAGAGGGAUCGAGAGGUAUAUCCAUCAAAAUAUCAUGGCGUCCCAAUCAAAGCAGAGACCUUUGACUGCCAUGCAAAGGGGAAUGAGUGAUAUUAUAAGUUAUGAGGACAUAUUGAUUGCGCAGUACAUGAAUCAGAUAGAAAAGAGCCCUCCAACGAGAAAACAAACAAAAGAUGUCCCAGUCUCUCCAUAUGCUAUCGCUACUCAAACAGGGGAAAUAUCAAAAUCUAAGAGACCAAAGUCUGCUGUUGCUCUGCAUCAAAAAAGAAAAGAUUUUGAAUCAAGCAGAGCACUGGCAUCACAGGGUAGAGUUCCCUUAAUGGCAUGGGAUGAAGGAGAACUUGCCCCACGAACAACAUCUAAGAAGCGACCAACUUCAGCAUCAAGCAUUAGAUCAAGGUCCUCAGUUUUGUCUGGCACAGGUUCUGCUUAUUCCAGGUCAUCUUCAAAAUCUCUUAACUCCAAAGCAAGCUCUACCGCAGGGUCAAGUAGUAUAAAAAGAAACAAGCCUUUAUACAAGAAGAAGCCUAAAGUAAUAUGUAUCAGAGCUUUUCAAAAUGGCAAUAGAGAAAAUUUUGCAAGAGUGACUGCACCAGAUUUGUUACAGCUGUUGGAUAACUGCACCUUGAAACUUGGCCUUGUAUCAGCAGCACGUAAGCUGUUCUUUAGUGAUGGAACUUUGAUUACUGACAGUAGACUGAUUGAGAAAGACGAUGAUGUUUAUGUUUCAUGUGGGGAGGCAUUCAAGGACCCUUACUCUACUUUAAAAGAGAAAGAAGAACUUCGAAGAUCAGCAUGUUGGACACUCACUGGGAUUGUUUUACCAGAGAACAAAAGUCGUGGUAAGACAAAGACAACCCUAAGCAAGAGGAUGCAAACACUUGUAGAAAGCCAAAAAAGAAGAAUCCUUGUGUUUAGAAAUGGAGAAAGUGCUGAAGGAGUUGAAAUUGUUGCUGCAAGAUUUAAUGAGUUCCUUGAUGAUUGUACUGCCAAACUAAAGCUAGAAUCUGGUGCAAGAUGUCUUUUUGACUGGGAAGGACAUGAAAUCAAGAGCUUUAGAGAUGUUCCUGUUUUGGAGCGCAUACUGCAGCCAAGUACCACAACAGUUCUUGGUCCUUUAUGGGUGACUAGAGGUGGAGAAAGUUUCAGCCCCAAAGGAGCCUACAACUUUUUGUUAACAGUUUUGAGCAACACCAAAGAAAGGAUUAGGUACAGCAAGCUUUUCAAUGACCAGCUAAAUAUGCAGUCGAACUGUAGCCCAGAUCUCCAGUCAAAAGAAGUGAUGUCAAUGACUGACGAGGAAAUACAGAAAGAAAUUCAGCAGGUUGAGGAACACAUAACAGAGUUAUUGAGUGUAGUGCCAACACUAAAGAAACAAUUAAAACGCCUGCAAGAAGGUGUUGACAUUGAAGGAGGAAUGGAAACGCACAAGUACCAGCACAUUUCAGAAAUUAGCCCUGACAGUAGGCUACUAGGCAAGCAAGGGCUGAGAUUCAAGGUGUUUGAAAAUGGUCGAAAUGAUGGCGAAGUCAUAGUUUACUUUAACCUUGCUGAAGCAGAAAAAGGUAUCCAAGGAGACAAGUCACAAUUAAUGCAUCGCUUCCUGGAUACUUGUACUACUUCUCGGAGAGUAGGCGAUGGUACAGGUGGCCCUGCAGGCAGGCAAAUUGCACGAAGAGUGUUUAUUAAGGAUGGCAAAGAAGUGACCAACGUUCAUGACCUUGAGUAUGAUCAAGAAAUCUGGCUGUCCUAUGGCGAGGAUUUCAAGCCACUCAAUGUGAUGGCCCUGCAGCUGACACUAGAUAAGGCAUCGUGCAUGUCUUUAUGGGAUGAAAUGGAGAUAGUACAACGAGAAGCUGUAAUGGAUGAAGAGAAAGGAAGAGAUAGACCAACUGCUUGGAGAGCUGUUACUGGAUUCCCACCGGGUAACAAAAGGCAAUUAAUUAAUUUAGAUAUGCCAGGACCAAAAAGACUUGAAUAUGCUCAGGGCUUACAGAAGUCAAGGGUGGAUGAGAAAGGCUGCUUUCUUCAGUACAGAGAAAAGAAAAACUUGGUUCUUUACCCUGAGGUUACAAUAGAGGUUAAGAAAAAGAAAGGUGCUAAGGAUAUUUGGCCACCUGAUGCACAAGAAUGGGCUAUAACACAGGGUGGUAUUAUAUUUAGCAAGUCUAUGCCACAGCUAUCUCUAGCAAAAUCUGAACAUGCUGUGCAAGUGACAGUUUUCGACAAACCAGUCGGAGGCUUUUCUGUGCAACUGGCAAAACGGUCAACCAAUGACCUUAAUCAGCAGUGGGGAUUCAGCCCUACAGGACAGAUCUAUUCACUUGCUAAACCAAGUUUUUUCCUUACGUACGUGGCUGGACAUGAGGUAACCAUGGUAACUGCAAAAGACUGCACUUCUUUGGAACAAGCUGCCUCAGAGUCACAGCCACAAAAGGAAGAGGAAGACUUGGGUAAUGGAUUAGCAAAUUUACAGUUUCUUGAUACUAAUGAAUCAAAUGGAGAGAAUGGAAAUCAUAAAGACGAGAAGAGUGAAGACGCUAAUAACGUUUCCAAUCAGGAAAUUGAAACUAUACUUCCCGGCUUAGCUGAUUUAGAGACGGAGUAUGGAGGAAAAACCAAUGUUAUUGUUCUCCUCCCCAAGCUGUCAGGAAAGGCAGGGCUACAAAGGUGGGCACUAAAACAAGAAGACUUGGGUUCCAUUGGCCAGUGGAAACACACCACUGUAGCAAAUCCGGAAUGGAAUAAGAAGGCCUUGUCUUGGCCCGUUACUAAAGAUGGCAAUUGGAACACUGAAUAUUCUUGGCCCAUGGAGGGGUUUCUCUUACCUUUUGCACCUCCAGUCAAGAAACCCUCUGACAAGAAAUCUGCUUUGCCAGGCUCAGCUGUCAGGCUGCGAGUGAUGAAAAACGGUGAUUCAGAUCAAACUAGGGUGGCUGUUGUUGUUGGUCCAGAUUUAACUAAUAUGUGGCAUGAUGUUAGUGAUGCCAAUCGGAGUUUCAAGACAAAAAGACGAUCACUUGGAAAACCAGCUAACAAUUCCAGUGUAGGUGUGUAUGAAAGUGAUGCUUGUCACCCACUAGACUGCAAGAGAAUCGAGAUAGAGUUGUUUUUAGACCAAUGUACUCAGGCUCUGGGUCUUCCAUUUGCCGGUCGUAAGCUAUUUGAUGAAGAAGGACGAGAGAUUACCUGUAUAUCUGACUUAACUCGUGAUCAGCUUGUUUAUGUUUCUUGUGGGGAGAAAUGGAUCGAUCCUCAGAUGUCUUAUUCAGAGCAACAAAGAAGGGCGUUACUCAUGAACCUGGCAUCUGACAUCGCUCGUAUCAGGCAAUACUGUGUUCUUAGAGAUCCUACAGACCUCGUCCUUGAUGUCGAUGGUCCAAUAUUACCCGGUUCAAGAAUUGUGGUCGAGAACUGUGUUCUCUCGAGCCUUGAGAGAGAAAAACUAAUCAAAAAAUUGAACGAUGAUAAUGCUGAUGAGGUAGAGGAUGAAGAUGCAAUUAGCUCUGCUGCCUUGCUCAGCUAUGCAAUCACUGCACAUGAGCGUGCCCAUCAGCGUGCAGAUGAGCGUCUGAAGUCCCUACGCUGGUCCUGGGAGAAUGACAAAACAUCUAAAGGUGACCAGGAUUUGGAAGGGCAAGACGAAGGAGACUUUACUAAUGAGAUUACGUUCAGCGAUCCAGUCCUACAGAAAAAGUUCGUUCGACAAGCAAUAAAAACUGGAGACGCAAAGCAGGUCUCAGACCCGUCCAUACGACAAAGAUGGCACUACCGUGAUGGCUUUAUUCACCUGAAGAAUAAUUCUCUGCUUGUACUGGGAUUGGCAGAUGGUAUUAAUGAGGGUACAGCAAGUAAUGAAGUAGUACUGUGCAAGAAAAAGCUUGAGGAUCCUUGUCAGCGAUGGAUAAUAUCAGAAGACGGGACAAUUUCACUACGAAGUAACGUUCAGUUUGUAUUAACUGUCACAACUCCACCACUCGGUAAUGACCCAUUUUCUUACGACAAAGCUCUUGAUCAUGGGUAUCUUGGAUCAGCAGUAAUCGUAGCCACCAGAAAGUCAUGCGAAAAUGGAAAUUGUCACCAGCUGUGGAGCUUUGAUAGGUUUACUGGUUUUAUUGAAGCUUUUGCUUCAGACACAGCAAAUAAAGAGAUUACUGCUGCCAAUAAAUCCAACGUGUGUACCUACGCUAUCCUUGGUCAACGUGAAAUAUACCAACCAGGUUAUGCUUACAUGCCAGGCACUUCUCGGGAAAAACGUUUGUGUGAAGCAUGUGGGAAAGCAUCGAGAGGGAAGAACAAAUUACAACGACUGAAAGACAGCAGAAGAUUUGCUUGUAAUACAGGAACAAAUGAUGAAAACGGCAACAACGGAAAACUAUCUGGCUGCUUUAAAUGUCUCUCCAGCAAGGUUGACUUAACCACUCUUGAGGCAGAAUCCACCCUGGAGUUGUGGGAAUACCAGCUAGACAGACUGCGUAAUGAAGGCAACGUCCGAACGAUCACCAAAGAACUUAACGUAGCAAAGAGUGUCGCAGCGGUGAGGAUCUUGGCGCACAGAAACGGCGAGGGAAGCCGAGGACAAGGGGAACUUGUUAUUGGCUCUUCUAUACAUUCGUUGCUGGACCAAUCUACCACCCGUCUAUGUCUAAUGCAGGCAGCCCGUCGACUUUACACUGUACGAGGGGAGCUUAUCACGGAUAUUCAUCAACUUUUCAGACCUUACAAUGCUAGUAUGAUGAGGUCCUUACAAGAGUCAGAAGAGAUAGUAUUAGCUGAAGGAGACGAGAAGAAAACAAAGAAAAAGGAGAGUCCUCCAUCUAUACCAAAUGGAGAUGCCGUGGAUUACAUAGAAGCUGAGAACAAACGAUACUACAUCAGCGAUAGUAGCAAAGAAGUACAAAAACUGGACCUGAGCGGCGCUCAAGACAAGGUGGAUGAUGAGGACAACGAGUCUGGUAAUGAUACGUACCGGUUGGGUAAAGGUCGGAAAAGACGUUCCCUUCCUACUGUUAUGCAAGAUCCCUCGGGAUUCCCGCGAUGGGACACACGAUGGCCCAUUGAUGUUUGGGUAUCUUGCGGGGAACCGUUUAUACCUUUGGAAGAGGCAGAUAAGCAGUAUCUCUUGUCCAUGAAGCAUCGAGAGGAAAGGACCUGGUUACAAGCAUACCUCGAUAUAGAAAAACAUGUUCUCAGACAGAUGCAAGGUCGUCGAAUUACUCGCUUCAGUCCACCCCAGUCACCAUCAAACGAACCAACAAGAAAAGAAGAGCAUAAGGAAGAGACAAUAAAUGAACUGAAGAUGCAUCUACUGGAUGUAAAAUCCCGACAGAAAAACGAAGAGCUUGCUUUGUCAAAACCUGCUAAAGAAAGCACUCAAAGACUUUACUCCACACCAAAGACGGUUCGUAUUGAAGUCUUCCAAAAUGGAGAGUCUAUCGAACGAGCUGUUAUCGUGUAUGGUGCGAGUAUUAGAGAGGUUCUUGAUAAUAGCACGAGUCGACUAGGUCUCAGCAGUGCUGCUAGGAGGAUCUUCAGACUGGAUGGAAGAGAGAUCUUAGAAUUUGCUGAUAUUCGUCGAGGCGAGACGUUUUGCGUUAGCUGUGGAGAUAAUUUCAUCAGAGCGAGAGAUCGUCGCCAUCAAAUGGAGCUGAAAGCAACUUGGUCACGGAUGGUUAGAUGUCCAGGAGGGUAUGUCUUAACAGAAAGUACAGCUGCUAACGUUACCUAUGAG